AUGGACGACUCCUUUGCGAGGCCUAUAAAGGAUGUCCUGGCCGAGUUCGGCGUCAACCAAACCGACGGUCUUACAGACUCUCAAGUUAUUGACCUGAGAACAAAACACGGAAAGAAUGCUAUUCCGGAAGAACCACCAACACCUCUCUGGGAGCUCAUUCUCGAGCAGUUUAAAGACCAACUGGUUCUUAUCCUGCUCGGUUCCGCCGCCGUGUCCUUUGUGCUCGCUCUCUUCGAAGAGGAAGGUGGCUGGAGCGCAUUCGUUGAUCCUGCCGUUAUCCUCACUAUCCUCAUCCUAAAUGCUGUCGUCGGUGUUUCUCAAGAAAGCAGUGCCGAGAAGGCCAUUGCUGCGCUCCAAGAAUAUUCUGCAAACGAGGCCAAGGUGAUUCGAAACAAUGGCCAUGCUACCAAGGUCAAGGCGGAAGAGCUGGUGCCUGGUGAUAUCGUCUCUGUUUCCGUUGGCGACAGGAUCCCCGCCGAUUGUAGACUUGUCUCCAUCGACAGCAACAGCUUCUCUGUGGACCAAGCUAUUCUUACAGGUGAGAGCGAGAGUAUCAGCAAGGACCCCAAUGCGGUGGUCAAGGACGACAAGGCCGUGCUGCAAGAUCAGAUCAACAUUCUCUUCUCGGGUACUACUGUAGUCACUGGCCGCGCAAAGGCGGUUGUUGUCCUGACUGGCUCGAACACGGCCAUUGGUGAUAUCCAUGAAAGCAUCACUGCUCAAAUCUCCGAGCCCACGCCUCUCAAGCAGAAGCUCAACGACUUUGGAGACUCCUUGGCCAAGGUUAUUACUGUCAUCUGCAUUCUGGUCUGGUUGAUCAACAUUCCUCACUUUGCUGAUCCCAGCCACGGAAACUGGACAAAGGGUGCCAUCUACUACCUCAAGAUUGCCGUCUCUCUGGGUGUUGCUGCUAUUCCCGAAGGUUUGGCUGUUGUUAUCACUACCUGUCUCGCUCUUGGAACACGCAAGAUGGCCGCAAAGAAUGCCGUUGUGCGCAGCUUGCCCUCUGUCGAAACUCUUGGAAGCUGCAGCGUCAUCUGUUCUGACAAGACCGGUACAUUGACAACCAACCAGAUGAGCGUCAACAAGCUGGUCUUCAUUGCCGAGAACCAUACCGACUUGGAGGAGAUCGAUGUCGAGGGCUCUACUUUCGCUCCCAAGGGUGACAUCAAGCGCAACGGCAAGGUCUUGUCCAACCUCACUGAGAGCUCCAGCACCAUCCGUCAGAUCAAUGAGGUUGCCGCUCUCUGCAACGACGCUCGCCUAGCUUAUGAUGCUCGCAGCGGUAACUUCUCCAAUGUUGGUGAGCCUACCGAAGGUGCUCUACGUGUCCUCGCCGAGAAGAUUGGCCCUUGUGCCCCUGCCAGCGCCAACCCCGAAGAUUGCCUCCACCACGCCAGUGCCGUUUACGAGAAACAGUAUCCUCGCCUUGCCACUUUUGAAUUCUCCCGCGAUCGCAAGAGCAUGUCAGUCCUUGUUCAGGAUGGUCAGAAGCAGAAGCUCCUUGUCAAGGGUGCCCCGGAAUCCAUCAUCGAGCGCUGCACACACACUCUGGUCGGUACUGCUGGAAAGCGAGUUCCCAUGAACAAGCCGCUCUACGAUGUUUUGAUGAAGGAAGUUGUCGAGUAUGGAAACCGCGGUCUUCGUGUUAUUGCUCUUGCCAGUCUGGAUGACGUUGGAUCCAACCCUCUCCUGAAGACUGCCAAGUCUACGGCCCAGUAUGCUGAGAUUGAGCAGAACCUGACUCUACUUGGACUUGUCGGCAUGUUGGACCCCCCUCGUCCCGAGGUUGCUGGUGCCAUCAAGAAGUGCAAGGAUGCCGGAAUUCGUGUCAUUGUUAUCACUGGAGACAACCGCAACACGGCCGAGAGUAUCUGCCGCUCGAUUGGUGUCUUUGGAGCCAACGAGGAUCUCACUGGAAAGAGCUUUACUGGUAGAGAGUUCGAUAACCUCAGCCCGGGACAGCAACUGGAAGCCGCUAAGCAUGCCUCUCUCUUCUCCCGCGUUGAGCCUAGCCACAAGUCCAAGCUGGUUGAUCUGCUCCAAUCCCUCAACGAGGUUGUCGCAAUGACUGGUGACGGUGUCAAUGAUGCCCCGGCUUUGAAGAAGGCUGACAUUGGUGUCGCCAUGGGAUCCGGUACCGAUGUCUCCAAGUUGGCUGCUGAUAUGGUGCUCACCGAUGAUAACUUUGCUACAAUCGAGGUUGCCAUUGAGGAAGGUCGUUCCAUUUACAACAACACCCAACAGUUCAUUCGAUACUUGAUUUCGUCCAACAUUGGCGAAGUCGUCUCCAUCUUCCUUACUGCGGCUCUUGGCAUGCCCGAAGCUCUCAUUCCUGUGCAGCUUCUGUGGGUUAACCUUGUCACUGAUGGUCUUCCUGCUACUGCCUUGUCCUUCAACCCUCCGGACCACGAUAUUAUGAAGCGAUCCCCGAGGAAGCGUGAUGAGGCCCUCAUUGGCGGCUGGUUGUUCUUCAGGUAUCUGGUUAUUGGCACCUAUGUUGGUGUUGCGACUGUCGCUGGUUAUGCCUGGUGGUUCAUGCUUUACUCUGAGGGCCCACAAAUCUCCUUCUCGCACUUGGCCAACUUCCACCGCUGCUCGUCCAACUUUCCCGAGAUUGGUUGCCAAAUGUUUGGCAACGAAAUGGCCAAGUCCGCAUCCACUGUCUCCCUCUCGAUCCUAGUUGUGAUCGAGAUGUUCAACGCCAUGAAUGCCCUGUCUUCGAGCGAGUCUCUCUUGACUUUGCCCCUUUGGAAGAACAUGAUGCUUGUCUAUGCUAUUGCCUUGUCGAUGGCUCUGCACUUUGCCCUGCUCUACACACCUUUCCUGCAGACCUUGUUCUCGAUCCUGCCUUUGAACUGGACCGAGUGGAAGGCUGUUUUGGCAAUCAGCGCACCUGUAAUCUUCAUUGAUGAGGCACUGAAGGCCAUUGAGAGGCAGUUCUUCUUGCAAACCACACCGGCACAGGUGACCAAGGCCAAGAAGGAGGCCUAA